GGAGGGAGAGAGAGAGAGAGGAAAGUAUGGGAGCGCGCCUGGCUCCCGGAGCGCGCGCGCGCGCGCAAGGCGGAAAAUGCAACCUCCCCAAAAUAAAGAGCAAAGAUUGCAUUCAGCAGCGAGCAGCAAUGCAGAAAUAGAUGGCAGUCUCGUGUCAGUGAGUUUGCAUCCCCCCCCCUUCCCCGCCGGUGCAAGAGCUGGAGUCAGCAACAGAGCCCCGGAAGGCAAUUGCUUUUUUACUACAAGUGGAGAAGAAGUGUGCCCCCCCCGCCUCCUCCUCUCUGGCUGCCUGGCUGACGGCUUGCACUGUACACGUUCGGGAGCAUUUAUCCCUUCUCUCUCUCUUUCUCCCCUCUCUCUCUCUCUCUGGGUCGUUGAUGGGGCUCCUUCCUCCCCCCGCUUUCCUCCGCUCCUGUUCCUGCUUUGGGUCCGUCCCUGAAAGUGUGACUACAAACAGCAUAUGCAUAUAUAUAGGAAACAAAAGCAAAACAGAGGACAAGGACAGCUGGAUUGAUUGCUCUUAACGGUCCUUCUUACCCCCCCCCCUUCUCCUUCUCCUCCUCCUCUUCCUCUUCCCCCUUCCCUUUUUAAUGAACAGAACUAAAAGCCCACCGCAAAAUUGCAAACACAAACCUAAAAGGAAAGGGUCGGGGUUUGUUGUUUUCAGCAGAAGCAGCAGCAACAGCAGCAGCAGCAACAGCAACAUGGAUGUUUUGGCUAGUUAUAGUAUAUUCCAGGAACUGCAGCUUGUCCACGACACCGGUUACUUCUCGGCUUUGCCAUCCUUGGAAGAGAACUGGCAGCAGACAUGCCUUGAGCUGGAACGCUACCUUCAGACGGAGCCCAGGAAGAUAUCGGAGAGCUUUGGUGAUGACUUGGACUGUUUCCUCCACACUGCCUCCGCUCAAGACACAGAAGACACCAUCCAGCAGCUGGAUCCCCUCUUGUUACCUGUCGACAUGAGUCCUUGCGACAAGAAUUCCAACAUGGACGUUAUCGUCUCGCGGGACAAACUCUUGUCCGAGACUUGCCUCAGCUUGCAGCCUACCAGCUCCUCCACAGAGGGCUAUACUGCCGUUAACCAGGCCCAACUCAACGCAGUGACCUCACUAACACCUCCCUCCUCCCCUGAGCUCAGUCGCCAUCUUGUAAAAACCUCACAGACUGUCUCCGCGGUGGAUGGCACAGUUACGCUGAAGUUAGUUGCAAAGAAGCCCGCCCUCAGCUCUAUAAAAGUCGGUGUGGUAGCACCGGCCAGCACAACAAAGUGUGCGCUCAGUGACAGCGAGCAAGGAGGGACGGGGGCAGAUGCUUUGCCGGAAAACAAGAAGAGGGUUCAUCGCUGUCAGUUUAAUGGGUGCCGGAAGGUUUAUACAAAGAGCUCACACUUAAAAGCGCACCAGAGGACUCACACAGGUGAGAAGCCUUACAAGUGUUCGUGGGAAGGGUGCGAGUGGCGUUUUGCACGAAGCGACGAGCUCACGCGACACUACCGGAAACACACGGGGGCAAAACCCUUCAAGUGCAACCACUGCGACAGGUGUUUUUCAAGAUCUGAUCACCUUGCCCUCCACAUGAAGAGGCACAUCUAAAUAAUAGAUCUCUCAGCAUGGCCCAGAUGCAGACAGACCUGAGCAUCCUGGGGCGAGGGGAGCUGCCUGUCUCUUGCGGCCUUUCAGAGGAAGAGAACUUGAUCACCUGUACGCAAACCACGCACUAAAUGCCGUCAUGCACCCAGCUAUACUUAAUUACAUAUGUGUCUUCUCUACACCUUGCCCAACUGGAAGGCAGAUGACACCUGAGGAGGAGGAGGAGGAGGAGGAGGAGGAAAGGGGUGCGAGAAGAUGUCAGCAAGACACGGAUGGUGCUUACAGCACUUCAGGACCGUAGGAUUUUUGUUCCCCGUUUAUUGCCAAUGGAAAUGAAAGCAAAUGGGAGAGGAUUCCCUGCCGCAGUAAGAGAAGGAAAUGUAACUUGCUUCUCGAUGCAACUUGGAUGAUAGGGGAUGGGGAACAUGACUUUUGGAGUUGCAUAUUUGUAGCACUAACUUUUCUUUUUAAAUGGAUUUUGGAGGGGAAACUAAUGACCUAGAAAAACCAAAUCCCAGUUUGGUAGCCAAAACGUUAAUGUCUUGGUUCCUUUCUGUUUUUGUUUUCGAGACUCCCUUAUGUACAACGAUGCAUCCAGGCUCCUCACAGACACUUUGACCUGCUCUGAUUAUGGUUCUUCUUUAUAGAACUGAGCUGUCAAGAUCCCUUCAAGUCAAUACCAAUGGCCUUAAUUGGCAGUAGACUGUGCGGUGAUACCUGGGACACGCCUACUUUUUUCGCUUGAGAUGGUAUAGACUUCGUCAAGGAUAUUUUCUUUUGUUUUGGCUUUGCUUUUCGUUCCUUAAAUUUUGAUAUUUUGUUAUUGCACAUCAUGUGCACUAGGGGACUGUGAAAACUACUGAUGUUACUUCACAGUGGUUGGCCAGCAAUGUCCCUGAGCAGCACCACAGUAUAUCUUUGGAGCCUUCACCACAUUGCCAUAGUUCGGACUUUCUAUUUAAUUGCCUAAUGAAAACUUGAACAACAGCUUCUCUGGAAGCUUUGAACCUUUUUCUCCAUGUUCAUCAGAACUCAUUUACUCACCUGGAUAUCUGUCUUGGAUUCUGUCACUCAGGCAUGACUUCAGAUUUUCCUUCUGCACCGUGGGGAGCACGCUUGCUGCGACCCACGACGAUUGGUUAGCAGCUCAGGCCGCUUUUGACCCUUUGACCCGGUCAAAAGCCUGGUUACUGAUUUGUGUGUCUGGCACCUGCAAAAAGAUAUAUUUUGGGUUGAGCAGAUUUGUAGAAAUACGAUGAUCAUCAUGAAUGGAAAAGUGAGAACCUCUUCUAGUUAAAAUAACCCCACGCAGCAUUUUUGCUCUGAAGAUGAAACCUACUUAAGGUUCUCCUUUCCCAUUUAUCAAGGUGACGCGACUUCCCCACUCUUCUGACAUGAUAAGGUUAAAUGAAAGGGAUUGGCUUUUUGGUGAGCACUGACUUCCUACCAAAUGACAAGUUUAAGCAAAAAUAACAAAUAGAAAACACAUGGGUCCACACUGGCCAAUGGUUGAACCAUUUAGUGAUCAAUGGAGGUAUCAGGCUCACCUUUUGAAUCUUGUAGAUAAUUUGAUGGUUGUGACUCAAAGUGGAUUUAAUUUCCCUGUACUUUACACACACACACACCUACACACCCUAUUCUAUAUAUACAUGAUGUCUACUUCUAGUUAGUUGGAGCUGGCACUGAUUCCAAAGACUGCCUUUUCAAACUAUCUCUCAUGCAGGUGGAGAGUUAGUCAUUGGGAAUGGUUGUGUAUAGUUAAUAAUGCAGGACCACUUGUGCAAGAUGUGCCGAGAAAUGAAAUGGGCAUGUUGAUUCUCCCUUGGUUGCUGCUCUUCCACUCUCUAAACUAGCUCACUGCCCACCCUUUUGACUGUUUUUUUGACUUGCCGACUGUUCAGUAAUUUCCUAAUUUAUGUUUAGGAUGCAAAAACUUUAAAAGUUCUUUUUUUAUAUACGGAAUAUCUAAAAUUGUAUAAUGUAAGUACAGACACAGGGAUUCUUAGCACUUGGCCUCUUCUUGGCUUUCUUUCCAUCUUUGAUUUCGUCAAACUUAACUGAGUUUUCAAAUAAUACUCUCUUUGCAUCGGAGUUCUUUCAGACGCUGUGGCUGUCAGUGCAGAUACAAGGCCCAGCCCUUUAACAGUGGGAUGUGAAAAGGACCAAAAUCUAACCAUCUGUGUGAGGGCAAAGAACGAGAGCAUUUAAGGAUGAGGGAGGAGAGAUCUAAGUUUUAUUCCAAAGAUUUAUGGUUAGCUAUGAUUUAGAAAAUAUUGGAGCACUGCUUGCUGACAAUCUUGUAGUUCUCUGUAUCUGUGUUCACAUAUUUUCUAUUCCACCCAGGGGUUGAGUGGGCAUUUGAGAGCCUUGUAGCUCGUUAUUUGAAUAUUGUAAGGCAGUUUUAGACUAUCAGCUGAGGUGGAUGUCGGAACAUCCAGGCAGUGUGUUAGCUGAAAAAUCUAUACUGUCCAAGAAAUUAUUCUUGUAGCAUCCUACAUAAUCUGCACACAUAUCUGUCAUCACAGUAAUCAUUGGGUACCAAUAUCCAUGAAUGUCGUCAGCUGAAAUGUUGUUAAAUCCUAUUGCCUCUAGAAUUCUUAGAGAUCAUCUAUAAGACUUGGUGACAAAUUUAAUAUAAGCCUGUAUUUUAAAUAAUUCAAUGUGGGUGGGAGUGGGGGGGGAAUAUGGGUAUGGAAAAGAACAAUGUUGAUUUACUUCCCCAGUGUCAUUUCUGGUCUCGCUUAACAUCUCUGCUUCAGAAUGUGCAAUCUUCAGUGCCCGCCCUUUUGCAGCAGAUCAGAAGCCUAAACUGGUCCCCUGUCUAAUGGCUUCACAAAGUUAGUGGUCUGAGAAAGCACAGGCAUUGGAAAGUAUGACCUCCUUGGAAUAAAUAAGAUGUGCUUCCGAGUAAAUAUGUAAAGCCAGCCCAAGUGUUGAGCAACUGUUAAUUGGCAGACUGCACCCGACAUGGACCCAUGGCAUCAGUGGCUCAAACACUACUGCUGGCCAGUCAGAAGCUGAGCCCCAUGCUGCCACCAUCACUUUCCGGCCACCACCGCCACGGAGGCUACCUGGUUGCUCCCUUGGUCAUCACUUGGGUGCUGCAACCUCUGGCUUUUCCACCUGUGAACCAUGCCUGAUGGAUGUGCCAUCACAACAGUUCGCCAUUCUUUUGAGGGGUUUCCUUUUUCCAUAUUACAAAUCCUGAAGAAAUUGAAAUGGAGCCUUUGUAAAUAGUUCGAGAACUUGAUUUCGGCACUUGCCCCAUUUCACCUUCACUUCGCUGUCCUGUAGAAGUUGGGAUUUAUUUUUUUCUUUAAGGAGAGGGCUUUCUUGCUUCAUUGGCAAUGGUGGACGUCUUUGGCCCUGGGGCUGCUCUUUGUGCGGUGCUCUCAGUACGAGAGGGAGCUGGGCAUCACCUGGUCUCCUAAUCCAGCACAAGUAGGCAUGGGAGGCAAAAACGCAGGAAGGGCGAGGACUCGUGGCAUUCCAGUUGGCCAUCAAUAUUUCAGAGCACUGCCUGAAUCACACUGGUAGAGAGGGGCACACAGUUAAGGAGCAGCAAGGCAGGAGAAGGGGCAAAUGUUCUCGUUGCUUCUGCCUCUCAAUUCUCAGUGCGCCAGUAUGCAAGACCGCUGGUCUCUGGUGGAUCCCAUGUUAAAAUUUGACUUGAAAGACAACUCUCUAUUUUCCCUCCCAACCUAUACUGGGCACAGUGAGGUUCCUUGUAUGGUAUUUUUUCUGAAUGGUGAUAAAGUGGCCCUAAGCUUAUUAUCUCCUCUUGUUGUAUUUAUGGUUGUCUUUUUUAUACAGUAUAUAUAAUGCCUUCAUUUGAAGUGGCAAGAUUUGGCCUGAAACACCUUUUGCCACUCAGAAUCUGGCAUUCUCUCUCUUUAUUUUCUUUUUUCGGGGAGAAGAGCAAUUUCAUCCCUCCCCUCCCC